AUGGCCGCCUCCAAAGAGCCUGGACACCGCCCUCAGCCCGCAUAUGAAGCAACGAAAGGAUCUCUUCUACACACAGACCGGGGGCUCUACGACUCCAUUCAGCAGUUGACGAAACGGCGCCUUGUGGACUCCUUCACCCUUCCGAUUAGGAGUGGCAGAGCAUGGCAAGUUCCUGAAGCCCACAUUGUCCGAAUCUCGACACCGGAAGGGCCUCAAGUUGGGGACCUUAACAUCUGGAACCUCCAUAACCCCCGGGAGCGCUUUUGGGUAUUACAACUUCUACUACGCUCAACCAAUGCUGACAUACUGCAGGCCGCUCGCACCAGACAACUGCACGCUAGCCAUGUAUCUGUUGGAGACAGGCUUUGGAGUUGCCUGCCGUUCUUGCGACCUCUAGUCACCAUCAUUCACGAUACCUUAGCUGGCUAUAGCGAUGAAUGGGGAGGCCGGUGCAACGACUUGCUAGGCACUCGCUGCGACCCGUACGUCAAUCAUAUGCUUACGGGCGACUCUUAUGACUAUCACUGUCAUAGCAACCUCACACGAGCCGUUCUCCCCUAUGGACUGACGGAGUUCGAUGUUCACGAUGUGAUAAAUCUAUUCCAGGUGACCAGCCUGAACGACGCCGGCAAAUAUACGAUGCACACCUGCCCGGCGAAGAAGAAUGACUUCAUUGAGUUCUUCACCGAACAGCCACUGUUGAUGGCAUUAUCGACAUGCCCGGGCGGCGAUUUGUCGACUUGGGGCUGGGGCGAGGGUGGUGAAGGCGAGGACGGCGAGAAGAAGUCUAUGAUUGACACGUGCCGGCCGCUCAAAGUCGAAGUAUUUAAGCUUGAGGACGACGCUGUGCUGGCCGGAUGGAAGCCACCUCAGCCAUCUAGAUACAGUGGGGCGCACGGCAUGAGUGUGCCCACUGGAGAAGCAGGUUACACUUAG